AUGCGAACCAUUAGAAAUCUUCUGAGAGUUGAAACCCAAAUAAGGACAGGAUGGCCGAACGGAUUAUGGAAGAUCCACCUUGUUCUCAACUCGACUAUGCAAAAAUCCAUAAAUGCAACUCCUUUGCAGCUGCUUUUGGGUAUCCGAAGCUCGACUCCGAUGGUACAAGCUGUGUUGAAGGAUGUGUCUAAGGAUCUAACUCCUUUGCGCAACCGAGAUUUGGAUCGACAGCGAUUAGCGAACAGGCUAUUCGUUGCACAAGAUUCCAACACUGAACAAAAAAGAAGGGACAAAGUGCAAUUUUCAGUCGGUGAUUUUGUACUGAUGCACCGGGACUCUCAGAUGCCCAUAAGCACGAGCGAUUAUGAGUUUCUUGGUCCUUAUGAAGUGAUUAAGUGCUUGGAAAAUGGACGUUAUGAGAUUAAGAAGGUUGGAACAACCAUCGUAACAAAGGCAGCUAAGGAACAGCUAAGAUCAUAG